AUAAAGAUCUAUUAGUAUUGUUUAUAAUAACUUUAUUUCAAUACGAAUUGGUGUAGAAAUUCUAUAUUAUGCUAAAUUAAUCAGCAAUAAAGUGCUAAUUAAUAUUACACAAGCAAAUAAAAUAUAAAUAAAUCUAUAAUAAUAUAGAAUCAAUUCUAUAAAAUUUUAGCGUGUUAUUAAUUAUACAAUUUUCUCACACGAUAAAUCAUAAACAUUUUAAAGGCACUGUGAAUCAGUUUUUAGUUUAUUCAUAAUAUCAUAACAUAACAAUUUGCCGGGUGGUUGUUAUGAGAUAAUGUGGUGCUUGUGAUUUGUGAACUAGCUCUACAGGCAUGUCGCGCUUAUUACGGAUUUUAGUAUGAACUAUUGUGUAAAGUUAGUGCUUCGCGCGCCAAUCGCAAGCUUCAACGAUUCAAAGCUUAUCGGGUCGGAAGUGUUUUACGAUCAUUGAGCUCCAGUUUGAAUGCGUUGGAGCUAUUCGCGUUAGUUAGUUCGACGAUCUCAUAACGCGUCCGUGUUUCAACAUGCGCUGGUCACUAUUCUGGUGCUUGGCAUGCUUGCUUUCACCUACAAUUUGUGCUUUAGACUCAGAUGACCAAACAGAAACACCUGAUGUGGUAGUGGUGACAGUGGGUACGGAAGAUACCCAUGGGUUGCAGAGAUUUGAAAGAUCAGCACGUAUCAACGGCGUUCACGUGGAAGUACUAGGAAAAGGGACGGCAUGGCGUGGAGGUGACAUGAAGAGACCCGGCGGGGGUCACAAAGUCAACUUACUGCGGGAUUGGAUCGACCAGGCCUAUGAUAGCCUGGAUAGCGAUACCCUAGUAAUCUUCACAGACAGUUAUGACGUGGUACUUCUUGGUGGCGCUGACGAACUAAGGGAACGGUUUCUUGCCCUUCGUCACAGGAUUAUAUUCGCCGCGGAGCCAUUCUGUUGGCCCGACGCCGGCCUGGCAGCUCGCUAUCCCCCACCGGACACUUCAACCCCCAGCCCUUACUUAAACUCCGGAGGAUUUAUCGGACGUCUUGAAGAUUUAAGGCGAUUAAUUCGAGCUGCGGAUAUAGACGACAAUGCGGAUGACCAGUUACAUUACACACGGCUUUAUUUGGAUCCCAAAGUUCGAGCUGAUUUGGACAUCGUGUUAGACCACAAUGCUACAAUAUUCCAGACGCUUAAUGGCGCUCUAUCGGAUGUAAAGCUCCACAGUUCGGAAGAUGGAUGGGCCUGGCUAGAAAACAUUGUGAGUGGUACUCGUCCGUUGAUUUUACACGGCAAUGGGCCUGCUAAGCUGGAAUUGAAUGCCUUGAGCAAUUACCUACCACGUGUUAGAACGCCAGACCGGUGCCACAUCUGUGAGGAGUUGAAGACGCCCCUAAAAGAUGAACCACGAGUGCUUUUAGCCGUAUUCAUUGAGCAACCGACACCGUUUUUGGACGAAUUUCUGCAGAGUAUACUGGAUAUUGACUAUCCUAAGGACAAAUUGGAGCUACUUGUGCGAAACAACGUGGAAUACCAUGAAACGACAGUAGACGCUUGGUUCUCGCGAGUAUCAGGCAAAUACGCGAGCGGAAAGCGGCUCCGGCCAGCCGAUCAGUUGCCGGAACAUACAGCCCGGAUGAUAGUACUGGAACGCGCGACGGCCGGAGCCAGUUCCUAUGUGUUUAGCGUGGAUUCAGUCGCACGAGUUACCCCUAACACGUUGAGGAGCUUGUUGGAAAGCGGCGUUGAUGUGGUGGCUCCGUUUUUGGCCCGCCCCGGCGAAGCUUGGUCCAACUUUUGGGGCGCGUUGUCUCCGGAUGGGUACUACGCGCGGGCGCAUGAUUACAUGGACAUAGUCAAUGGGAAACUUAGGGGGUUGUGGAGUGUUCCAUUCAUUAACAACUGUUAUCUAUUGAAAGUGGACUUGUUCAGACAGCCACGUCUCAAAGAAGUAACGUUUAAGGUGGAGGGUCGCGACCCAGAUAUGGUAUUCUGCGAGAGUCUCAGAGAACGGGGUGUCUUUAUGUACGUUAACAAUGAGGAAGCGUACGGGCAUUUGAUAAAUCCGGAAUGGUUCGACCCACGCCACACCAACCCUGACAUUUACGAGAUCAUUCAUAAUAGACAAGAGUGGGAGGAUCGUUACAUUUCCCCUGAAUACUGGCAGAGCUUGGAAAAGACAUAUGAGCCGUCAAUGCCAUGCCCUGACGUUUAUUGGUUCCCGGUUGUGACUCCACGGUUCUGCAAGGAGUGGAUCGAAGUUAUGGAGGCAUAUGGAAAAUGGAGCGACGGGUCUAACAAGGACACUCGCUUAGAGGGAGGGUACGAAGCAGUACCGACUAGGGAUAUUCAUAUGAAGCAAGUUGGGUUGGAGACUCAAUGGUUGAGGUUUCUCAAGGAUUACAUAAGACCUCUCCAAGAGAAGACUUUCCUUGGCUACUACCACGAUCCACCGGUUUCAUUGAUGAACUUUGUGGUGCGAUACCGACCUGAUGAGCAGCCAUCGCUAAGACCUCACCAUGAUUCUUCAACGUACACGAUCAAUUUGGCGUUGAACACCGUGGGAGAGGAUUAUACUGGUGGUGGAUGCAGGUUUAUCCGUUAUAACUGCUCAGUACAGGAUACAAAGCGUGGAUGGAUUCUAAUGCACCCGGGAAGACUUACACACUAUCACGAGGGUCUGAAGGUCAUUUCUGGUACAAGGUACAUCAUGAUAUCCUUUAUUGACCCAUAGAUGUGAUGUGACCCAUACUUAUUAUUGUAAGGUUCAGGGGUCAAACAAAUGUAGUAUCAUUUUUAGGUAUGCUAAUGCAAUUAGAUAUUUUUGUUUCUGAAGGAAAGUUUUACAUUUAAGAUAAUUUCAUUUGGCCUUAUGCGAUGAAUACAAAAAUUUAUGAUUUUCCAAUCUAAAGUCUAGAUUUAGGAUUAUAUUUGGACAUAUUUGAUCGUGAUAUAGAUUGUGACUAAUAAAAAAAUAAUCUUCAGGCGUUAGGUGUUCGAAUAGAUUUAGAUAUAACACAGUUUUAUACAUCGUAUUGAUAAAAUAAUAAUAAUAAUUCAAUAAUGUUAUAUUUCUACGUGAUGACGUCUUAUACAUCGAUGAACGCACGUAAAAACUCAUUUUCACGUUCCGCCUGAGCCGAGAGUGCAAGCGAGAAUAAGCGAUAAAAAGGCACGAUCGGCUUAAGCGUAUGACUUGUGCCGCAUUUAUCUCUCUUUCACUCCAUCGGCCGAUGCGUCCGAGUAAAAGAGAGGAAGCAUACAACGUAUACGUGAACUGUUUAUAAAGUAAAGUGAACAGUUAACGUGAAUUACAUUGUUUAUUACAACAAUUGCAGCAAAUAAGUUAAAGAAUGCAUGCUUUUUAAGAGUUUGAUUAGCGAUAUAAUCUCAAAUAUUUGUUUUUGUUUAAAAAAAAAAUUGAAUUGUCGAGUGAAAAUAAAUGAUUGUUAAUCGAAAAUAUAUAAUUUUCAAUUAAUCCUUUGUAUUAAACAAAAUCAUGAUAAUAAUUCAAUUCAAUUCAUAAAUGUAUGCAAUUUCCAAUGUUUUCUUAUGACGUUAUCGCGUAAUAUUAUAGUCCGUACAGAAAUGCAAAUUUUAUAUUUUUUUUCUUUAAUUUAAGUUUAACUAAAAUAUUUCCUAUUUAACUGAUAAUGCAAUUUGGCAUUUAUGUAUGCUUUUACCAAAGAUGUAUGCGAUGUUAUAUGAAAUACAUGUAUUAAUUUUUA